UAUAUAAGAUGGCUGCCUACCGCCCCAUUCUGACAUGUCUAUCGCUGAUCACCCAUCUUACCUUACUCCAUACGUCAAAAUUCUUGUAUCAUCUGCUCGUACAACAUGAAGGACGCAGACAUUGUUGGCCAAUCUUUGGCCGAAGUGCUUCCUCAAACCACCAAAUACUGGUUCCAAAUACCUCAUUUACUUCGACUGAACUUGAUUCUACUUGUUCCACUACUUUCUUCUGCUGUGGCCGGUUACGAUGGCUCUUUAAUGAAUGGUCUUCAGGCAUUGAACCAAUGGAAAGACUAUUUCGGAAACCCUGCAGGCGCCUUGCUCGGGCUCGUCAACGCCGCUCAAUCAGCCGGUUCUGUGGUUGCUUUGCCCUUCGUUGGAACAUUCUCGGAUAAAUAUGGCAGACGUGUUGUGCUUCUGAGCGGCAUCAUUGGAGUCGUUGUGGCUACCAUAAUUCAGGCAACAGCGACUACGUUGGCACAAUUUGUCGUCUCUCGUUUUGUGGUGGGAGUUGCUGGCAUGUUCGUUGUGCAGCCUUCACCCAUGUUGAUUGCAGAACUGGCAUAUCCCACCCACCGUGGCAAAUACACUAGUGCUUUCUGGUGUAUGUACUAUUUGGGCGCCAUUCUUGCAGCUUGGGCUACUUUUGGCACGGAGAGAUAUAAUGAUAACUGGAGCUGGAGGGUUCCCACGAUUCUCCAAGCAGCGUAUCCACUGGUCCAAUUGGCAUUUUUCUGGAUGGUGCCUGAGUCUCCUAGAUGGUUGGUGGCUAAAGAGCGAACGGAGGAAGCUCGUGCUAUCCUUGCUCAGUACCACGCCGGCGGCGAUGAGAACAGCCCUCUAGUCAGCAGAGAAAUUUCCGAGAUUGUGCAAGCCAUCAGAAAUGAGCAAGCAUCUGCCUCCGUGAAGUGGAGUGCCUUGGUGGCCACUCCUGGAAAUCGGAAACGCCUGUUCAUUGCUGUUUGCCUGGGAGCUUUCGCUCAAUGGAACGGAAUAGGUGUUGUCAGCUACUAUUUAACCCUCGUGCUCAACUCCAUCGGUAUCACGAAUUCGUUCGACCAGACCCUCAUUAACGGCCUCCUCCAGAUCUUCAACUUCGCAGCAGCUGUGAGUGCUGCUUUGCUUGUAGACAGACUCGGACGACGAACACUCUUCAUCUGGUCUGGUAUUGGGAUGCUCGUAAGCUACGUGGUGUGGACAGCGUGUUCGGCAGUCAAUAACGAAGACAACAACAAAGCGGCUGGAUAUGUUGUCGUUGUCUGCCUCUUCGCAUUCUAUUUCCAUUACGAUAUCGCCUACACACCACUGCUCAUGUCCUACCCUACGGAGAUCUUCCCUUACAGUCUUCGAUCGAAGGGUCUUACGUGUGAACUGUUGUCGAUAUAUGGCUCAUUGGUGAUUGCAGCCUUCGUCAACCCCGUGGGGAUGGAAAAUCUGGGAUGGAAGUACUACAUUGUCUUCUGUUGUCUUCUGGUCGUCUUCUUGGCCAUCACUUUCUUCUUCUUCCCAGAGACUAAGGGGCGUAGCUUGGAGGAGAUAGCGGAGAUUUUUGACGGUCCACAGGCUGCAGUUGAUGUAGACGAAGUUGAGAAGAAGACGCACUAUGCUGACAAACUGCACACGGAAGUUGCUUAG